GCUCGAACUCUUGUGUCCCAUCGCACAUUCCAACUUUGGCUCUCAACUUGCCAAAGCCUCGUUGCUCUACCCCCCCGCAGAAGCGCCGGCACAAUGUCCCCUCUGCCAAUAUACGGAAAGAAGCCCGUGGUCCUGCUGACGAAUGACGACGGUCCACCUUCCUCCCACUCACCCAACAUCUACUCCUUUGCCAAACUUCUCAUUGAGAAGCUUGGCUGGGAUGUGCGCGUCGUCGUGCCCGCGACGCAGAACUCAUGGGUCGGGAAGGGCUUCGCCAUCACGCAGAUCAUCGACGCCAACUACUUCUAUCCUCUCGAACCCGAUGGACUCAAGGGCGAGAUUACCACCAAGCGGAGGCCAUUGAAGGAGGGCGAGAGCAUGGAAUGGGUGCUGCUUAGUGGUACACCAUCGACAUGUGCCAACAUUGCGCUGCACAACAUCUACCCCGGCGAGAUCGACCUGCUCAUCUCGGGCCCGAACCACGGCCGCAACUCGUCCACCGCGUUUGCCCUCUCGUCGGGCACCAUUGGCGCCGCCCUCGCCGGCGCCCUCUCGGUUCCCAUUCCCGGCCCUUCCCUCGAUGUGCCAAGUCUGCACAAGGAGCACAUGCCGUGCAUUGCCGUGUCGUACGGUGUCGUGACGCGGCCCGUGGAGGACAAGACGCUCGAGCUGGCCACGGACGUCGCGGUGGACGUGUGCAAGGCCCUGUUUGACGACUGGGGACACGAGGGCGGCGACGACCGCAACCCGAUCCAGCUGUACAGCGUCAACAUCCCCCUGGUCGAGUCGGCCAUCACUAAGGAGAAUCGCAAGGUGUGCUUCACGACCAUGUGGCGCAACACGUACGGCCGCUUGUUUAAGCAGACCUCGGCGAUCACCAACAAGGACUACAACCCCGGUGAUGACCCAAACGCAGCCAAGGCCGCCAAGCCUGCGGAGGAGGACAGCGACCGGUUGCGAUUCAGAUUCGCGCCCAACCUCCAGCCCAUGAUCCUGCCUUCGGUGGACCAGCUGCCUGAAGGCUCCGACGCGUGGGCCUUUGCCCACGGCUACACGUCGGUGACGCCCAUCAGGGCCGAGUAUGCUGGCUUGUAUGACGGCGGCCAAGGUUUCGGAAGCACUGGCGAGAGGUUCUGGAGCAACCUGUAGUUGUUGACAUGCAUCAAUGCAAUGAG